AUGAGCAGAAAUAUAUACUAUUCGGAAAAGUAUUUUGAUGACACUUACGAAUACAGGCACGUCCAUCUACCAAAGGAGUUGGCUAAGCAGGUGCCUAAAAACCAUCUAAUGUCUGAAGCUGAGUGGCGAAAGUUGGGAAUUCAGCAGUCAGCUGGUUGGAUACAUUAUAUGGUUCAUGAACCCGAACCACAUAUAAUUCUCUUCCGACGUCCACGUACUGAUAUACAAACCACAGCCUCUAGUGGUAUUAACAAAAAUGAGGCCGGUCAGGUCCCUAUGCAAGCAUAG